UCGGCCCCGGGGCGGGGUGGGAGGGGGGAAGAAGACGAAGACAGGGCCGGGUCUCUCCGCGGACGAGACAGCGGGGAUCAUGGCCGCGCAGGUCGCCCCCGCCGCCGCCAGCAGCCUGGGCAACCCGCCGCCGCCGCCCUCGGAGCUGAAGAAAGCGGAGCAGCAGCAGCGGGAGGAGGCGGGGGGCGAGGCGGCGGCGGUAGCGGCCGAGCGCGGGGAAAUGAAGGCAGCCGCCGGGCAGGAAAGCGAGGGCCCCGCCGUGGGGCCGCCGCAGCCACUGGGAAAGGAGCUGCAGGACGGGGCUGAGAGCAAUGGGGGUGGCGGCGGCGGCGGAGCCGGCGGCGGUGGCGGGCCCGGCGCGGAGCCGGACCUGAAGAACUCGAACGGGAACGCGGGCCCUAGGCCCGCCCUGAACAAUAACCUCACGGAGCCGCCCGGCGGCGGUGGUGGCGGCAGCAGCGACGGGGUGGGGGCGCCUCCUCACUCAGCCGCGGCCGCCUUGCCGCCCCCAGCCUACGGCUUCGGGCAACCCUACGGCCGGAGCCCGUCUGCCGUCGCCGCCGCGGCGGCCGCCGUCUUCCACCAACAACAUGGCGGACAACAAAGCCCUGGCCUGGCAGCGCUGCAGAGCGGCGGCGGCGGCGGGGGCCUGGAGCCCUACGCGGGGCCCCAGCAGAACUCGCACGACCACGGCUUCCCCAACCACCAGUACAACUCCUACUACCCCAACCGCAGCGCCUACCCCCCGCCCCCCCAGGCCUACGCGCUGAGCUCCCCGAGAGGUGGCACUCCGGGGUCCGGCGCGGCGGCGGCCGCCGGCUCCAAGCCGCCUCCCUCCUCCAGCGCCUCCGCCUCCUCGUCGUCUUCGUCCUUCGCUCAGCAGCGCUUCGGGGCCAUGGGGGGAGGCGGCCCCACAGCGGCCGGAGGGGGAACCCCCCAGCCCACCGCCACCCCCACCCUCAACCAACUGCUCACGUCGCCCAGCUCGGCCCGGGGCUACCAGGGCUACCCCGGGGGCGACUACGGCGGCGGGCCCCAGGACGGGGGCGCCGGCAAGGGCCCGGCGGACAUGGCCUCGCAGUGCUGGGGGGCUGCUGCGGCGGCGGCGGCGGCGGCGGCGGCCGCCUCGGGAGGAGCCCAACAAAGGAGCCACCACGCGCCCAUGAGCCCCGGGAGCAGCGGCGGCGGGGGUCAGCCGCUCGCCCGGACCCCGCAGCCAUCCAGUCCAAUGGAUCAGAUGGGCAAGAUGAGACCUCAGCCAUACGGCGGGACUAACCCAUACUCGCAACAACAGGGACCUCCAUCAGGACCGCAGCAAGGACAUGGGUACCCAGGGCAGCCAUAUGGGUCCCAGACCCCGCAGCGGUACCCGAUGACCAUGCAGGGCCGAGCGCAGAGUACCAUGGGCGGCCUCUCUUACGCACAGCAGAUUCCACCUUAUGGACAGCCAGGCCCCAGCGGGUAUGGUCAGCAGGGCCAGGCUCCGUAUUACAACCAGCAAAGCCCUCACCCCCAGCAGCAGCAGCAGCCCUACUCCCAGCAGCCACCAUCCCAGACCCCUCACGCCCAGCCUUCAUAUCAGCAGCAGCCUCAGUCUCAGCCACCGCAGCUCCAGUCCUCUCAGCCUCCGUAUUCCCAGCAGCCAUCCCAGCCCCCCCAUCAGCAGUCCCCAACCCCGUACCCCACCCAGCAGUCCACCACCCAGCAGCACCCCCAGAGCCAGCCCCCCUACUCACAGCCGCAGGCACAGUCUCCUUACCAGCAGCCGCCACCUCAGCAGCCAGCAUCCUCGACGCUUUCCCAGCAGGCUGCGUACCCUCAGCCCCAGUCUCAGCAGUCACAGCAAACUGCCUAUUCUCAGCAGCGCUUCCCUCCACCACAGGAGUUAUCUCAAGAUUCAUUUGGGUCUCAGGCAUCCUCAGCCCCCUCAAUGACCUCCAGUAAGGGAGGGCAAGAAGAUAUGAACCUGAGUCUUCAGUCAAGACCUUCAAGCUUGCCUGAUCUGUCUGGUUCAAUAGACGAUCUCCCCAUGGGGACAGAAGGAGCUCUGAGCCCUGGAGUGAGCACAUCAGGGAUUUCAAGCAGCCAAGGGGAGCAGAGUAAUCCAGCUCAGUCUCCUUUUUCUCCCCAUACCUCCCCUCACCUGCCUGGCAUCCGAGGCCCCUCCCCGUCCCCAGUCGGCUCUCCUGCCAGUGUUGCUCAGUCUCGCUCAGGACCACUCUCGCCUGCUGCAGUGCCAGGCAACCAGAUGCCACCUCGGCCACCCAGUGGCCAGUCGGACAGCAUCAUGCAUCCUUCUAUGAACCAAUCAAGCAUUGCCCAAGAUCGAGGUUACAUGCAGAGGAACCCCCAGAUGCCCCAGUACAGUUCCCCCCAGCCCGGGUCGGCCUUAUCUCCACGUCAGCCUUCUGGAGGACAGAUGCACACAGGCAUGGGCUCCUACCAGCAGAACUCCAUGGGGAGCUAUGGUCCCCAGGGGAGUCAGUACGGCCCACAGGGAGGCUACCCCAGGCAGCCAAACUAUAAUGCCUUGCCCAAUGCUAACUACCCCAGUGCAGGCAUGGCUGGAAGCAUGAACCCUAUGGGUGCUGGAGGUCAGAUGCAUGGGCAGCCUGGCAUCCCACCUUAUGGCACACUCCCUCCAGGGAGAAUGAGUCAUGCCUCCAUGGGCAACCGGCCUUAUGGCCCUAACAUGGCCAAUAUGCCACCUCAGGUUGGGUCAGGGAUGUGUCCCCCACCAGGGGGCAUGAACCGGAAAACUCAAGAAACUGCUGUCGCCAUGCACGUUGCUGCCAACUCUAUCCAGAACAGGCCACCAGGCUACCCCAAUAUGAAUCAAGGGGGCAUAAUGGGAACUGGACCUCCCUAUGGACAAGGGAUUAAUAGUAUGGCUGGCAUGAUCAACCCUCAGGGACCCCCAUAUCCCAUGGGUGGAACCAUGGCCAACAAUUCAGCAGGGAUGGCAGCCAGCCCAGAGAUGAUGGGUCUUGGGGAUGUCAAGUUAACUCCAGCCACCAAAAUGAACAACAAGGCAGAUGGGACACCCAAGACGGAAUCUAAAUCCAAGAAAUCCAGUUCUUCUACUACAACCAAUGAGAAGAUCACCAAGUUGUAUGAACUGGGUGGUGAGCCUGAGAGGAAGAUGUGGGUGGACCGUUAUCUGGCCUUCACGGAGGAGAAGGCCAUGGGCAUGACAAAUCUGCCUGCUGUGGGUAGGAAACCUCUGGACCUGUACCGCCUCUAUGUGUCUGUGAAGGAAAUUGGUGGAUUGACUCAGGUCAACAAGAACAAAAAAUGGCGGGAACUUGCGACCAACCUCAAUGUCGGCACCUCAAGCAGUGCUGCCAGCUCCUUGAAAAAGCAGUACAUCCAGUGUCUCUAUGCCUUUGAGUGCAAGAUCGAACGGGGAGAAGACCCUCCCCCAGACAUCUUUGCAGCUGCUGAUUCCAAGAAGUCCCAGCCCAAGAUCCAGCCUCCCUCUCCUGCGGGAUCAGGGUCAAUGCAGGGGCCACAGACACCUCAGUCAACCAGCAGUUCCAUGGCAGAAGGGGGAGACCUGAAGCCACCAACUCCAGCAUCCACACCACACAGCCAGAUCCCCCCCUUGCCAGGCAUGAGCAGGAGCAAUUCGGUCGGGAUCCAGGAUGCCUUUCCUGAUGGAAGUGACCCCACAUUCCAAAAGCGGAAUUCCAUGACUCCAAACCCUGGGUACCAGCCCAGUAUGAAUACCUCUGACAUGAUGGGGCGCAUGUCCUACGAGCCAAAUAAGGAUCCUUAUGGCAGCAUGAGGAAAGCUCCAGGGAGUGAUCCCUUCAUGUCCUCAGGUCAGGGCCCUAACGGCGGGAUGGGGGACCCCUACAGUCGAGCUGCCGGCCCUGGGCUGGGAAAUGUGGCAAUGGGACCGCGACAGCACUAUCCCUAUGGAGGUCCUUAUGACAGAGUGAGGACGGAGCCCGGAAUAGGACCCGAGGGAAACAUGGGCACUGCAGCCCCACAGCCGAAUCUCAUGCCUUCCAACCCAGACUCGGGGAUGUAUUCUCCUAGCCGUUACCCCGCGCAGCCGCAGCCGCAGCCGCAGCCUCAGCAGCAACGACAUGAUUCCUAUGGCAAUCAGUUCUCCGCUCAAGGCACCCCUUCCAGCAGCCCCUUCCCCAGCCAGCAGACCACAGUGUAUCAGCAGCAGCAGCAGAAUUACAAGCGGCCGAUGGAUGGCACAUACGGCCCUCCUGCCAAGCGGCACGAAGGGGAGAUGUACAGUGUGCCAUACAGCACGGGGCAGGGGCAGCCCCAGCAGCAGCAGUUGCCCCCGGCCCAGCCCCAGCCUGCCAGCCAGCAACAAGCUGCUCAGCCUUCCCCUCAGCAAGAUGUGUACAACCAGUAUGGCAAUGCCUAUCCUGCCACUGCCGCCGCUGCUACUGAGCGCCGACCAGCAGGCGGCCCCCAGAACCAGUUUCCAUUCCAGUUUGGCCGAGACCGUGUCUCAGCACCCCCUGGCUCCAGUGCCCAACAGAAUAUGCCACCGCAGAUGAUGGGCGGCCCCAUACAGGCAUCGGCUGAGGUUGCUCAGCAAGGCACCAUGUGGCAGGGGCGUAAUGACAUGACCUACAAUUACGCCAACAGGCAGAGCACGGGCUCUGCCCCGCAAGGCGCUGCCUAUCAUGGCGUGAACCGAACAGAGGAAAUGCUGCACACGGAUCAGAGAGCCAACCAUGAAGGCCCAUGGCCUUCCCAUGGCACACGCCAGCCCCCAUAUGGUCCUUCUGCCCCCGUGCCCCCCAUGACAAGGCCCCCUCCAUCCAACUACCAGCCCCCACCAAGCAUGCAGAAUCACAUUCCUCAGGUAUCCAGCCCUGCUCCCCUGCCCCGGCCAAUGGAGAACCGCACCUCUCCUAGCAAGUCUCCAUUCCUGCACUCUGGGAUGAAGAUGCAGAAGGCGGGUCCCCCAGUACCUGCCUCACACAUAGCACCUGCCCCUGUGCAGCCCCCUAUGAUUCGGCGGGACAUCACCUUCCCACCUGGCUCUGUUGAAGCCACACAGCCUGUGUUGAAGCAGAGGAGGCGGCUCACGAUGAAAGACAUCGGAACCCCGGAGGCAUGGCGGGUAAUGAUGUCCCUCAAGUCUGGGCUGCUGGCAGAGAGCACGUGGGCAUUAGACACCAUUAACAUCCUGCUGUAUGAUGACAACAGCAUCAUGACUUUCAACCUCAGUCAGCUCCCAGGGUUGCUAGAGCUCCUUGUGGAAUAUUUCCGACGUUGCCUGAUUGAGAUCUUUGGCAUUUUAAAGGAGUAUGAGGUGGGUGACCCAGGACAGAGAACACUACUGGACCCUGGGAGAUUCAGCAAAGCAUCUAGUCCAGCUCCUGUGGAGGGGGAGGAGGAGGAAGACCUUCUAGGUCCUAAACUAGAGGAGGAAGAAGAGGAGGAAGUAAUUGAAAAUGAUGAGGAGAUGGCCUUUGCGGGCAAGGACAAAGCCGCCUCAGAGAAUAGUGAGGAGAAACUGAUUAGUAAGUUUGACAGGCUUCCAGUAAAGAUCGUGCAAAAGAAUGACCCGUUUGUGGUGGACUGCUCAGAUAAGCUUGGGCGCGUGCAGGAGUUUGACAGUGGCUUGCUGCACUGGCGGAUUGGUGGGGGGGACACCACUGAGCAUAUCCAGACCCACUUUGAGAGCAAAACAGAGCUGCUGCCUUCCCGGCCUCAUGUACCCUGCCCACCAGUCACUCGGAAGUAUGUCACAGCAGUAGCGGGUACACCAGGGACAACAGAGCAGGAGGGCCCCCCGACCGAUGGCCCUCCAGAAAAACGGAUCACAGCCACUAUGGAUGACGUGUUGUCCACCCGGUCUAGCACGUUGACCGAGGAGGGAGCUAAGAGUGUAGAGGCCACCAAGGAAAGCAGCAAGUUCCCAUUUGGCAUCAGCCCAGCACAGAGCCAUCGGAACAUCAAGAUCCUAGAGGAUGAACCCCACAGUAAAGAUGAGACCCCACUGUGUACCCUUCUGGACUGGCAGGAUUCCCUUGCCAAACGCUGCAUCUGUGUCUCCAAUACCAUCCGAAGUCUGUCAUUUGUACCAGGCAACGACUUCGAGAUGUCCAAACACCCGGGGCUGCUGCUGAUCCUGGGCAAGCUCAUCCUUCUGCACCACAAGCACCCAGAACGGAAGCAGGCGCCACUGACUUACGAGAAGGAGGAGGAGCAGGACCAAGGGGUGAGCUGCAACAAAGUGGAGUGGUGGUGGGACUGCUUGGAGAUGCUUCGGGAAAACACCUUGGUCACGCUCGCCAACAUUUCGGGGCAGUUGGACCUCUCCCCAUACCCCGAGAGCAUUUGCCUGCCUGUCCUGGAUGGACUCCUACACUGGGCAGUCUGCCCUUCAGCUGAAGCCCAGGACCCCUUCUCCACCCUGGGCCCCAACGCCGUCCUCUCCCCCCAGAGACUGGUCUUGGAAACCCUCAGCAAACUCAGCAUCCAGGACAACAAUGUGGACCUGAUCCUGGCCACACCCCCCUUCAGCCGCCUGGAGAAGUUGUAUAGCACCAUGGUGCGCUUCCUCAGUGACCGAAAGAACCCGGUGUGCCGGGAGAUGGCUGUAGUACUGCUAGCCAACCUGGCACAGGGUGACAGCCUGGCAGCCCGUGCCAUUGCAGUGCAGAAAGGCAGCAUCGGCAACCUCCUGGGCUUCCUGGAGGAUAGCCUUGCUGCCACACAGUUCCAGCAGAGCCAGGCCAGCCUGCUCCACAUGCAGAACCCGCCCUUUGAGCCAACUAGUGUGGACAUGAUGCGACGGGCUGCCCGUGCGCUGCUGGCCCUGGCCAAGGUGGACGAGAACCACUCGGAGUUCACGCUGUACGAGUCACGGCUGUUGGACAUCUCGGUAUCACCGUUGAUGAACUCAUUGGUUUCACAAGUCAUUUGCGAUGUACUGUUUUUGAUUGGCCAGUCAUGACAGCCGUGGGACACCUCCCUCCCUGUGUGCGUGUGCGUGUGUGGAGAACUUAGAAACUGACUGUUGCCCUUUAUUUAUGCAAAACCACCUCAGAAUCCAGUUUACCCUGUGCUGUCCAGCUUCUCCCUUGGAAAAAAAGUCUCUCCUAUUUCUCUUUCCUCUUCCUUCUCGCCCCUUCUUCCUCCCCAUCUUUCUAUUCCCCGUCCUCACUUUACUCCCCUCAGGACCCUGCCCUAUUUGAAAAGACAAAGCUCUGCCUACAUAGAAGACUUUUUUUAUUUUAACCAAAGUUACUGUCGUUUACAGUGAGUUUGGGGAAAAAAAAAUAAAAAUGGCUUUCCCAGUCCUUGCAUCAAGGGGAUGCCACAUUUCAUAAUGUUUUUAAUGGUUAAAAAAAACAAAAAAAAAAAAACAAAAAAAAAAGGAAAAAAAAAAACAAAAAAAACCCUGAAGGACAAAAAUGGUGACUGCUGAACUGUGUAUGGUUUAUCGUUGUACAUUCACAAUCUUGCAGGAACCGAGAAGUUCGCAGUUGUGGACAAACCCUGUUCACUGGAGAGGCCUGUGCAGUAGAGUGUAGACCCUUUCAUGUACUGUACUGUACACCUGAUACUGUAAACAUACUGUAAUAAUAAUGUCUCACAUGGAAACAAGAGAAAACGCUGGGUCAGCAGCAAGCUGUAGUUUUUAAAAAUGUUUUUAGUUAAACGUUGAGGAGAAAAAAAAAAAAAGGCUUUUCCCCCAAAGUAUCAUGUGUGAACCUACAACACCCUGACCUCUUUCUCUCCUCCUUGAUUGUAUGAAUAACCCUGAGAUCACCUCUUAGAACUGGUUUUAACCUUUAGCUGCAGCGGCUGCGCUGCCACGUGUGUAUAUAUAUGACGUUGUACAUUGCACAUACCCUUGGAUCCCCACAGUUUGGUCCCCCUCCCAGCUACCCCUUUAUAGUAUGACGAGUUAACAAGUUGGUGACCUGCACAAAGCGAGACACAGCUAUUUAAUCUCUUGCCAGACAUCGCCCCUCUUGGUGCGAUGCUGUACAGGUCUCUGUAAAAAGUCCUUGCUGUCUCAGCAGCCAAUCAACUUAUAGUUUAUUUUUUUCUGGGUUUUUGUUUUGUUUUGUUUUCUUUCUAAUCGAGGUGUGAAAAAGUUCUAGGUUCAGUUGAAGUUCCUGAUGAAGAAACACAAUUGAGAUUUUUUCAGUGAUAAAAUCUGCAUAUUUGUAUUUCAAACAAUGUAGCUAAAACUUGAUGUAAAUUCCUCCUUUUUUCCUUUUUUGGCUUAAUGAAUAUCAUUUAUUCAGUAUGAAAUCUUUAUACUAUAUG